AUGAGUCCUAAGAAGGAAAAAACAGUAGUUUUAAUUGACCUCAUGAAUGGUGUUCAGGCAGGCUUGGGCAACCUGGCAGCCCUCGUGAAACCUUCGGGUGGCAUGGCAGCUAGGCACCAAAAGGGUGCUACAUCUGAACGAUACUACACUGGGUUGAAUUUCUGGUAUAUGGACUUGACGGUCGUUCCUCCCAAUAUAGCAACUGAAUGUGCUGCACCAGGCCGCCUCAUGUUUCAGUCGCUACGAUAUUUGGAAUAUCGCGAUACAUGUAUAUCUUUAUACUGUACUACUCAUAAGGUUGAGAACACCAUAAGUGAGAGAUUCAGCUGGGUUCCAGAAAGGAGACCAUACAGACAAAAAGUGCAGACUCAAGCGGGCCCACACUUCAAAGUUAAAACCGCACUUGUAAACACUUCCGCCAUAGUAACCGAGGUAACAAUUGGUCGAUCAACCUUCAAGGCCAUGUUCACUCGCUUUUUCGUCAGUUCGGAAAUACGGGUUUACCCAAAGACUAAUCAGUUGGCGCAAUAUAAGGGUCCAGCUUACGCUGCCACGCCACCCAGAGGAUGCACCUGGGCCGAGAUACUGUCGGGUUACGCAACCCUAGACAGGGGGAGUCGAGAUGCAGAGGCCGAGUUUGAACCACGAGCCUUCCGGUCAGUCUAUACAAUACAACACAAUACAAUAAAAUACAAUACAAUACAAUACAAUACAACACAAUACAAUACAAUACAAUACAAUAUACAAUACAAUAUACAAUACAACAUACAAUACAAUAUACAAUACAAAAUAUACAUGCAUCGCGAUAUCUCGAAUAUCGUAGAGACUGAAACAUGGGGCGGCCUGAUGCAGCACAUUCGGUUGCCUGAAAACAUCACAAACGGGAGAUUCAGCUGGCUUCCAGUUGAGUCUCUCGAAGGAACCAAAUUAAUUAAUUUGGUUUUUUCGAAAGACUCACCUGGAACCCAGCUGAAUCUCUCGCUUAUGAUGUUUCUAAGCAACUGA